AUGAAAGAGCUUAUUCCAAGUAAAGAUCCUAUAUUAACUGUAGACACUAAAAAUAUUAUUUCUGUAAUAAAUAGAAAUAUUAAUCAAAGUACAAUUGAUAAGAAUAGUCUUUUUACUAAUCUUAAGUUACUUAUACACACUGAUACAGAGGAUAGUGUGAUUAGAGAUUUAUUAUUAAAUUGUACUAAAAGAUUAAUAAAUACAAUUAAUAAUUGUACUAGUACAGAAUUUAAUAUUAUAGAUGAAGUAUUAUCUUGUGUAUUAGAAACUAAUACUAAUUAUUCUUUUAUAGAUACACAGAUAUUAGACACUCUGUGUAUUUUAUAUUUAAAAAGCGUAAAAUUUAAUUUUUCGUAUUUUUUACAAAAAGCGCGCAUUCAUGAAAAGCACAGAUUUAAGAUAUCAAAUUUUCAUUCAGUAGAAAUUUACAAUAUAAAUUCUUUAUCACUGCUUAUUAAUAAUUUUUAUAAAAAUAGUAUAGAUGAUCAUUUAAAAUAUAUUAGGAUAUUUAUUGUAGGAUGUUUACUUAAAGUUAACAUCUCUUUACCUUUCUAUGAUAUAUUUUAUUUUAUUCACUACACCCUUCUUUAUGAUUCUACUACAAUUAUUAACUGGGUUAAUAAAUCACCCAAGAGUGUAUCUUGGAAUAUUCUUGGUAUUAAGAAUAUUAAAGAUUUCCCUUUUACAGAACUUAGAUAUAUUAAAAAUAUAAAUAUAUUAGAAAGAUUAAGAUCUAAUAUUAUUAAUUAUAGAUUUAUAGAUUAUAUUUAUAAACAUUCUAAACAAAUGAAUAAUCUUAUUAGUAAAUCACACACACAGGAUACAAAAGAAUAUACAAUAUUAAUCUGUGAUUAUAUUAUUAAGAAGGAUUAUUUAAUGUACAUUAAAUUAAUUAAAAAUCUAAUAAUAAUUGAUAAACAGUCAUUUAAUAGACACUUUAUUAAUAAUAUAAAAGUAGUAGAUAAAACAGUAAUAGAUAUUUUUAGAGUUAAUUAUAAAUUAAUAAAAAUAUGUAAUAUACAUAUUUUAUUAGAAAUAAUGUAUAAUAGCAAUGUAGUAAGACUUUUAGAAGAUUAUAAAAUAUUUAAGUAUUUUAUUAAAAGACUUGGAAUAUAUAAUAUGAAGUAUAUAAGUAAAUAUAUUACAGAUAUUAAAAAGAUAAUAUAUAUUUAUAAAUAUUAUGAUAUUAUAUAUACACUAUUUUUUGAUAGAAUAUUGAAGAUUAUUGAAGGAUUUAUAAAUGAAAUGUAUUUAAUAAAUAAAGGAUAUGGUGAUAAAGAUAAAGGAUAUAGUUAUAAAGGUAAAGGAUAUAGUGAUAAAUUAAUGAAUAAAUUUAGGGAUAAAUGUAAAGAUAAAGUAGAUAGACAUAAAACAGAUAAUAAUAAAUUAAUAGAUAAUAGUAAAUUAAUAGAUAAUAGUAAAUCAAUAGAAAAUAAUAAUAAAUCAAUAGAAAAUAAUAAUAUAGAUAAUAGUAAAUCAAUAGAAAAUAAUAAUAUAGAUAAUAGUAAAUUAAUAGAAAAUAAUAAAUUAAGUAAUACAAUGGAUAAUUCAUACACUGAAAUGCAUUCAAUUAUACGCAUAGAAAAUACUUCUAAAUGUUUAAUUAAGAAAUAUAAAUUAAUCUUAAAGUUACUUUUUGUAUCUAACACUACAAAUAUUCCUAAGAAAUACAUUUAUAGAUUAUACUUUUUAAAUAAGAAGAUAUUUACUAGAUAUUUUAAUAAAUAUAUAAAAUACAAUACUUUAUACAUUAAGAUAUGUAAAUUAUUACCUAUACUUAAAGUACAAAGUAUAAAUAAUAUUCCUAAGGAUUAUUGGGGUAGUGCAGUAAAAUACAAUAUUAUAAAAAAUUAUAAAACACUCCCUGAUGGAUUAUACUUUAAUAAGUCAUAUAUACAAUUUAUUAAUGAAACAUCUUCUUUUACUUUAAAUGUAUCUUUUACACAGUACAUUAAUAAAGGACAUCAAGUGUUAGUACAAUUGUGUAAUAAAGAUAAGACAUUUACAGUGGGAGUAAAGGAUGGAAUAAUGUACACAGAAAUAAAGAAUAUAAAUACAAGAAUAUAUAAAAAUAUAAAUAUUAAUAAUAAUAUUUACUACAUAGAAUUAUCUUUUUAUAAGAAAGAAUUAUGUAUGUAUCUUGAAGGUAAGAAAUACACUUACACGUUAUUUCCAGUACAUGAAAUUAUUAUUGGUCGUAAUUUUAUGGGAAUAUUAACAAAAAUGUUAUAUUUUGAAAGUACAAAAUAUAAAAAAUCUAGAAUUAUGCAUUUAGAAGGAUCAGACAUUUUUAUAAAAGUUAUUAAAAAUUUAGAAAUGUGGUGUGUAAGUAAAGGAAUUAGUGGGAUAUUCUUAAAAAGUAAAAAAGUUUAUUGGUGGCAUAAAAAUAAGAAAGUAGAGUUUUAUAAUAUAAUCGAUAUUAAGUAA